AUGACUGAACUCUUCACUCCUUACAAUUAUGUACAGAAGAAUUAUUAUUACCAAAAACAUCCUCUGAAGACGGCAAAAACUGGUUUACCAAACACACUCUAUGGGGAAUUGCAAAAAGGAAAUCAAAAUCUGCUCUUUUCAAACGAAUUAGACAACAAUAAUGCUAUUCUUCACCAUCUUCUAAAAAUAGAACAGUUGGAUCACCAAACCAAGAUCUUAAUUGAUCAGUUCAAGAUGCUAGAGUCAUGUCCUCUUCUAGGAUCUUUAAAAAGACGUAUUAGCUUACAGACUGGAACGGAGAGCUUACUGAUUGAAAAGCAAAAUCUUGUUUCCAACUUACCUAUGAACAUGCCGAUUCAAAAUAUAUUUGAAAAACAUAUGAAUGGUAGUAAAGAAUCUGCUAUAUCAACAGGAGACAAAUUAGAGAAAUCUUUUAAAAGAAGUGAUACUGUCCAUAAAUCAGCCCUUAGGAGGUUUAAGAGGUUCUACAAAAAGCUUUUCAAGACUCAGAAUAUUAGCAUUGUGAAGAAGAGAUAUGCUAACUGCAAAGUUAGACUGCUCUUCAAUAAAAUGUUAAAAACUUUGAAGACAAUUAUUCCUGAAGAAUGUAUCACAGACGAUGUGAUUUACCUUGCGAUGGGAAUUAUAGGUCUCAAAGAUCCAUCUGCACUUCCUUGUAGUCCAACAGUUCUUCAAGAGAUUUUAGAUAUAGUUGAUUGAGCAAGGAGGUUCUCAAAGAAGAAAUAUGAAUCAUGUCUUCGUUCUGAAAGUUUCAAAGUACUACUCCAAAAAUAUACCGAAAUUUCAUCCAAUUCACAACAAAGAGCCCUGCUACUAUACGAGCCUCUCUAAGACCUUCUCCCAUAAAAUUUGCACCUAAAAAUUC